UUGUUGUUGGCGAGGGGUAAUAUUUUGGGCCUGUGGCAUAGCCCAUGGGGCCGAAUUACAGACCCAUUUUCCUUCAUUCUAGGCCUUUGCCUUAUGGCCCUAACUGACAUAUGGGACCCAGUUGCCAGUGUCAUCCGUCAAUAAACCCCAGAACCCGCGUCCGCGAACAAUUCCUCUCCCCAGCCUCGCCGCCCGGCCGCACCUCGUCCCCUCGCCUCGCCGCCGCCUCCUCCCCCACGCGCGCGGUCGUCCAGCCAUGGGGAGAUCGUCGUCGGCGACGGCGGCGGGAAGUAAGAAGCGGAGGUCCAAAACCGGAGCUCUAACCCUAGGGGAGGUGAAGACGCUUGGCGAGGAGCUCCUCUCGUCGCGCGCCAACCUCAACCACGCCCCCACCCUCCUCGCGCUCCUCUCCCCCUCCGCGCCGCUGGACCUCGCGCUGGAGGCGCUCAUCUCGCUCCAGUCGUUCUUCGUGCCCCUCCUCCCUUCCAUCCCCUCCGCCGCCGCCACGGCCGCCGCGGCCGCGGGGGAUGCAGACCCCGAGCUUGUGUUUAGGUCCUGGUUGCGGAAGCGUUUCGACGAGCUCGUUGCGGCGCUCGUCGAGCUCACCGUGUCUCCGCACAGUGAUGAUGCAAUCAGGGAUCUGGCACUUGAUGCGCUCAUGGAUUUCGUGAAGCUGGGCAAGGAUGGGAGAUUCCAGUCGGCAAUUUACCACAAGUUUAUCCACAAUUUGAUUCAUGCUACCGACUCAAUUGAUCCUUUGCUAGAGUUGCUUGGACCAAAGUACUUCAUAUACACUGAUGUUUGUUACUUCACUUACACUAGCUUAGACAAGAUCGCCAGCAGUAUAGGCAAUAAAGCCACCGGUUCUGAAAAGAGUGUCUUGCAUAGUGGCGAUGAUGGGCCAGAAGACAGAGGCACUAUUUAUGUACGCAAUAUAUACAAUACUUUGGCGCAUAUUCCUGCCUUGGAUUUUCAGGAGUCAAAGUUUAAUAUGUGGAGUACUGUUGGCCUUUCUUCCAAAGGAGAAAAGAACUCAUCUGAGGACUGCUCUGCUACUUACAUUAACAAAAAACUCAAAUCAAAGUUCAGCAAAGCCUGGAUAUCCUUUCUCAAGCUGCCACUUCCGCUUGAUGUGUACAAGGAGGUCCUUGCAACAAUUCAUAAGAAUGUAAUUCCUUCAAUGUCGAACCCGGCCAUCUUGUGUGAUUUCUUGACUAGAUCAUAUGACAUUGGUGGUGUUAUCAGUGUGAUGGCCCUAAGUGGUCUUUUCAUUCUUAUGACACAACAUGGCCUGGAAUAUCCAAAAUUCUAUGACAAACUCUAUGCAUUACUGACUCCUGCUGUUUUCAUGGCGAAACAUCGGGCAGUUUUCUUGCAACUUCUGGAUGCAUGUCUGAAAUCUUCAUAUCUUCCUGCAUAUCUUGCUGCCGCGUUUGCAAAAAGAUUGAGUAGACUAACCCUUUCAGUUCCACCUGCUGGCGCUCUUAUUAUUAUUGCUUUAAUUCACAAUCUACUGCGGAGACACCCGUCAAUAAAUUUUUUGGUCCAUUGGGAAAUUGAUGCAAAUGAUUCUGAAAUCUUUAACGAAGCUAGUCAACGUAAGAAGGUUGGCGCUGAUCCUUUCAACAAUGAAGAGACUGACCCUGCAAAGUCUGGUGCAAUGCGAAGUUCUCUAUGGGAAAUAGACACACUGCGCCAUCAUUACUCUCCUGCUGUUUCAAGAUUCGUUGCUUCACUUGAAAAUGAUCUCACUGUUCGGGCCAAAACUACUGAGAUGAAAAUAACGGACUUUAGUUCAGGCUCCUACGCAACAGUUUUCAGAGAUGAGGUACGACGGCGGAUAAAACAAGUUCCCCUUGCUUUCUACAGAACUACACCAACUUGUUUAUUUCAAGAGUCAGAUUUUCCUGGAUGGACUUUUAGGGAUCAAUUCAAAAACAUGGCAGAAACUAGUGUAGAAGGCAAUGGGAUCAGUACGGUAGAUAUUAGCAACAGCUCGCCCGCCAAAAGGUUGCGGAUGGAGACCAUUCCAAAAGAGCACUACAUUAAUCCUCUAGGUCACUUUGUCACCAUGAAGUUCAUUUUCUAUCUGUUCAGUAUUUUCUGUUGUCUGUGUUCCUGCGCACAAAGCCAAAACAUCUCUGGGAGGCCCGAUGCAGUGAGAAUUGGAGCUCAGUUCGCAAGGAAUUCAACAAUUGGGAGAGUUGCCGCAGUUGCCGUCCUUGCUGCUGUCAAUGACAUCAACAAUGAUUCGAAUAUCCUUCCGGGAACAAAGCUGGAUCUUCAUAUGCAUGAUUCCAGUUGCAAUCGCUUUCUUGGCAUUGUGCAAGCCUUGCAAUUCAUGGAGAAAGAUACAGUGGCAAUCAUCGGCCCAUUGUCUUCUACCACCGCCCAUGUCCUUUCUCAUCUUGCAAAUGAACUCCACGUACCUCUGAUGUCCUUUUCUGCAACUGAUCCAACUCUUUCGUCACUUGAGUAUCCGUUCUUUGUGCGGACUACCGUCAGUGAUCAAUUUCAAAUGACUGCUGUUGCUGACUUAGUUGAGUAUUAUGGGUGGAAGCAAGUGACAACCAUAUUUGUGGAUAAUGAUUAUGGAAGAAAUGCAAUAUCCUCUUUAGGCGAUGAACUUUCCAAGAGGCGAUCUAAGAUCCUGUAUAAAGCUCCAUUUAGGCCAGGAGCAAGCAACAAUGAAAUAGCUGAUGUGCUGAUCAAGGUUGCAAUGAUGGAGUCUCGGGUCAUCAUCCUGCAUGCGAAUCCCGACUCUGGACUUGUGGUUUUCCAACAAGCACUCAAACUUGGCAUGGUAUCCAAUGGGUAUGCGUGGAUUGCAACAGAUUGGCUCACUUCAUACCUUGAUCCAUCGGUACAUCUCGACAUUGGAUUACUGAGCACAAUGCAGGGUGUUCUUACAUUGCGUCACCACACUGAAAAUACCAGAAGGAAGAGUAUGUUGUCUUCAAAAUGGAGUGAAUUGCUUAAGGAGGAUAGUGGUCACAGCAGAUUCUUGCUUAGUACUUAUGGCCUGUAUGCUUAUGAUACUGUCUGGAUGCUUGCUCAUGCGCUGGAUGCAUUUUUCAAUAGUGGCGGAAACAUUUCUUUCUCUCCUGACCCCAAACUAAAUGAAAUUUCAGGAAGAGGGUUGAAUUUGGAAGCAUUGAGUGUCUUUGACGGCGGACAGCUGCUACUAGAAAAAAUCCACCAGGUAGACUUCUUGGGUGCAACUGGCCCAGUAAAAUUUGAUUCAGGUGGUAAUCUUAUCCAGCCUGCAUAUGACAUUGUCAGCAUAAUAGGAUCUGGUUUGCGGACAGUUGGUUACUGGUCCAACUAUUCUGGGCUAUCAGUUAUAUCUCCUGAGACUCUCUACAAGAAACCAGCAAAUCGUACUAGAGAAACUCAAAAACUUCAUGAUGUGAUCUGGCCAGGUGAGACUAUAAAUAAGCCUCGGGGAUGGGUUUUUCCUAACAAUGGAAAUGAGAUAAAGAUUGGAGUUCCCGAUAGGGUAAGUUACCGUCAAUUUGUAUCAGUUGAUAGUGAAACUGGAAUGGUGCGGGGACUCUGUAUUGAUGUGUUUGUCGCUGCAAUAAACUUGUUAGCAUAUCCAGUUCCGUAUAGGUUUGUACCUUUUGGGAACAACAGGGAGAAUCCAAGCUAUUCGGAGCUUAUCAAUAAAAUUAUAACAGAUGACUUUGAUGCUGUGGUAGGCGAUGUAACUAUCAUCACAAAUCGAACAAAGGUUGUUGAUUUCACUCAGCCAUAUGUGUCGUCUGGGCUUGUGGUCCUUACCUCUGUUAAGAGGCAGAACUCGGGUGGAUGGGCCUUUCUGCAGCCAUUCACGAUCAAGAUGUGGACCGUCACUGGACUGUUCUUUCUUAUCAUAGGGACAGUAGUUUGGAUGCUUGAACAUAGAAUCAAUGAUGAAUUCCGUGGCCCUCCUGCGAAACAGCUUAUUACUGUGUUCUGGUUCAGUUUCUCAACUCUGUUUUUCGCACACAGAGAGGACACCAGGAGCACUCUCGGCCGCUUCGUGAUCAUCAUAUGGCUGUUCGUCGUUCUGAUCAUCCAGUCGAGCUACACUGCCAGCCUGACCUCCAUACUCACCGUGCAGCAGCUCACGUCGCCGAUCACCGGGAUCGACAGCUUGAUCACCAGCGACGUUCCCAUCGGGUUUCAGGUCGGGUCCUUCGCGGAGAACUACCUCGCCCAGGAGCUCGGCGUUGCCCACUCGAGGCUUAAGGCGCUCGGCUCACCAGAGGAGUACAAGAAGGCACUUGACCUUGGCCCCAGCAAAGGAGGCGUUGCGGCCAUCGUCGACGAGCGCCCGUACAUUGAGCUCUUCUUGUAUCAGAACCCUAAGUUCGCCGUCGUGGGCUCCGAGUUCACCAAGAGCGGCUGGGGCUUCGCGUUCCCGAGGGACUCGCCGCUGUCAGUGGACCUGUCGACGGCGAUCCUGGAGCUGUCGGAGAACGGCGACCUGCAGAGGAUCCACGACAAGUGGCUGGCGAGCGACAUGUCGUCCAUGUCGCAGGCCAGCGAGCUGGAUCAGGAUCCGGACCGGCUGGACGUGUACAGCUUCUCGGCGCUGUUCCUCAUCUGCGGCCUCGCCUGCAUCUUCGCCCUCGCCAUACACGCCUGCAACCUCUUCUACCAGUACUCCCGCCACGCCGCGGAGGAGGACCCCGCUGCGCUGCAGCCGUCCGCCAGCGACGGCAGCCGCUCCCUCUCCCGGCGCAGCAAGCUCCAGUCCUUCCUGUCCUUCGCCGACCGCCGGGAAGCCGACAUCCGGAGGGCGGCCAAGGAGAAGGCGUCUGGUCUGGGCGGCAGCGGAGGGUCCAUGAGCGGCGUCAGCUUCACGUCAAGCGGCAGCGGCAGCACCACCGCUUCAUGCUAAAGCCUUGAUAAUUAGUUAAUUUUCAGGUUAAUUACUUUACCUCUCCUUGUGCUGCAGAAUUGUAGAGAUACGUAAGCACAUUGGAACUUUUGCUGCGCUCCGGCGCUUACUGAAACACUAGUAUAGCAAUAUACUGAAACACAUUGGAGUAACAUUUUGAUCGACUAAAACGGCACGACCUACUAUGAUCA